CGGCGAGCGCGCUUACGUGAGGCCGGGGAUUCGCCGGCCCGCGUCAGGCCCCGGGCAGAGAAUGAAAGGACAAUCUGCUUCAUCUUGAUUCUGCAGCAUUCCAAACUGUGGUAUCCUUGGGGUUCUCUUAACAUUGCAAUGGUGCAGAAGAUUUAAAAUCAGCUGAUGUUCACAAGGAAUAGAGUCACGUGAUGUAUGAAGGGAAACAUAUACACUUCUCUGAGGUUGACAAUAAGCCCUUGUGCUCAUAUAGCCCCAAACUGUGCAAGCAGCGGCGACUCAACGGGUACGCUUUCUGUAUCAGACACGUUCUGGAGGACAAGACUGCCCCCUUCAAGCAAUGUGAAUAUGUGGCCAAGUAUAACAGCCAGCGCUGCACCAACCCCAUCCCCAAAUCAGAGGAUCGUAGGUACUGCAACAGCCACUUGCAGGUACUUGGCUUUAUCCCGAAAAAAGAGAGGAAGAAAAAGAAUGAUCCUAUAGAUGAGGUGAAGGUCAGGCACCAGAUGGAUACCAUGGCCUUUAGCCUGACGGUGCCCCCGUUGGCCUUGAAGAUGCCCAACGGGCUGGAUGGAAUGUCCCUCUCUCCACCUGGGGCCAGGGUCCCUCUCCACUACCUGGAAACCGAGUUGGAAGACCCAUUCGCUUUCAACGAGGAAGAUGAUGACCUAAAGAAAGGGGCAACUGUGAGAAAGAAGUUGCAGAGCAAGUUGGCCCAGAAUCGGCAGCGCCAGAGAGAGACGGAGAUUUUAAAAGUCCGACAAGAGCACUUUAGUCCCCCUCCUGCGCCUUCACAGCAGCAGGCCCCGCCGCAGCUCUCCCACCUGUCACCUUUAGCCUCGUCCUUGAAACCUCCAGCUCCACCGCCACCGCCACCGCAGGGUGUAGUCUGCAAGUCCCCUCCACCUCCGAGCACCAGCCUACCAAUGCAGGGAGUGGCCCCCACCACACACACUAUAGCACAAGCGAGGCAGUUGCCCCACAAGAGGCCGCUGCCCCUCCUGCCAUCCAGUAGGGCUCCAGCCACGGACCCGCCCAGGACUGACCGGGUCCUCAUGAAAGCCACAGCCUUCUCUCCACACUUCUCCUGUAUAAGUCGCCUGCACAGACUGGUGAAACUGUGCACCCAGAAACAUCAGUUGGACACUGAUCUGUUUCCCCAUUUAGGUUUGGACUGGUCCGAAGAGAGCGGGGAGGAGCUAGAGGACUCAGAGCAGGCCUCGCCAUACCAGGUGGCAUGGUCCAUCCGAGAAAUGCUCAGAUAUGAAAGACACACGUCAGACGACGAUGAUACGGAGAGUAGGAGCUCCAGGGUGACCCAACUUUGCACUUACUUUCAGCAGAAAUAUAAGCACCUCUGCCGCCUGGAGCGGGCAGAAUCUCGUCAAAAGAAAUGCCGGCACACGUUUAGGAAAGCUUUGCUGCAGGCGGCCAGUCGAGAACCAGAGUGUGCUGGUCAGUUGAUGCAGGAACUACAGAGAGCUGCCUGCAGCCGAAGCAGCAUAAGCCGGACCAAGUUGAGGGAGGCGGAGCCAGCAGCGUGCAGUGGAACCGUGAAGGGUGAACGGUGCCCUAACAAAGCCCUUCCAUUCACCAGACAUUGUUUCCAGCAUAUCCUCUUGAAUCGCUCUCAGCAGCUUUUCUCAAGUUGCACGGCCAAGUUUGCAGACGGACAGCAGUGCUCUGUGCCCGUGUUCGACAUUACACACCAGACCCCUCUGUGUGAAGAACAUGCCAAAAAAAUGGAUAAUUUCUUGAGAGGAGAUAGCUCCCGUAAAGUUCAGCACCAGCAGCAGAGGAAACCCAGGAAAAAAACCAAGCCUCCUGCACUUACCAAAAAACACAAGAAGAAGAGAAGGCGUGGACCUCGUCGACCCCAAAAACCCAUUCCCCCUGCAGUACCCCAAGGGAACCUCAGCAUGCCCACCAGCGUCUCACUGCCAGUGGAGGCUGCUCAGAUCCGGAGCCCGUCCACGCCGGAGCUGAGUGCUGAUGAGUUGCCGGAUGACAUUGCCAAUGAGAUCACUGACAUUCCACAUGACUUGGAAUUGAACCAGGAGGACUUUUCAGACGUCCUGCCACGGCUACCUGAUGACUUACAAGAUUUUGAUUUUUUUGAAGGAAAGAAUGGAGACCUCCUUCCAACUACCGAAGAGGCCGAGGAACUUGAACGGGCCUUGCAGGCUGUAACUUCUCUUGAGUGCCUGAGUACCAUUGGGGUACUUACCCAGUCAGAUGGUGUGCCAGUCCAGGAGUUGUCAGAUAGAGGAAUAGGGGUGUUCUCCACAGGUACUGGAGCUUCAGGAAUUCAGUCCUUGAGCCGAGAAGUUAACACGGACCUAGGGGAGCUAUUGAAUGGGCGCAUAGUACAUGAUAAUUUUUCUAGUCUAGAGCUGGAUGAGAACCUGCUCCGUUCUGCUACCUUGUCUAACCCACCUACACCCCUGGCAGGGCAGAUCCAGGGGCAGUUCUCUGCCCCAGCCAACGUUGGCCUUACUUCUGCCACUCUGAUCAGCCAGAGUGCACUUGGGGAGAGAGCCUUCCCAGGACAGUUUCAUGGACUACAUGAUGGCAGCCAUGCCUCCCAGAGGCCACAUCCUGCCCAGCUGCUGAGCAAGGCAGAUGACCUAAUCACCUCACGACAGCAAUACAGCAGUGAUCAUUCACACUCCUCGCCCCAUGGAAGCCAUUAUGAUAGUGAGCACGUGCCGUCUCCCUAUAGUGACCAUAUCACCUCUCCCCACACAACAUCUUAUUCUGGUGAUAAUAUGGCAGCUACCUUUUCAGCAGAGAUGCCCAUCAUGGCGCAGCACUUGCUCCCAACCCAACUCGAGGUGCCACUUGGAGGAGUCGUAAACCCCAGAACUCACUGGGGCAAUCUCCCUGUCAACCUUGGAGAUCCCUCUCCAUUUAGCAACCUUCUCGGCGCAGAUGGACAUCUUCUUUCCACUUCCCUAUCCACACCACCCACCACGUCGAACUCAGAGACCACACAGCCUGCCUUCGCCACCGUGACCCCCAGCAGCUCCAGUGUGCUUCCGGGGUUACCGCAGACCAGCUUCAGUGGCAUGGGGCCUUCUGCUGAACUCAUGGCCUCCACCUCUCCCAAGCAGCAGCUCCCUCAGUUCAGCGCAGCCUUCGGCCACCAGCUGAGUUCUCACAGUGGCAUUCCUAAGGACCUGCAGCCCAGCCACAGCUCGAUAGCCCCUCCUACAGGCUUCACAGUAACAGGUGCCACAGCUACAAGUACCAAUAAUGCAUCUUCUCCCUUUACCUCCCCUAACUGAGCGUGUCUGUGUGUUUGCAGGCAGGUGGGGAACCUGGUGUUUUCUAUCUUUGUUUCCUGUUUAGCAUCCCUUUCCCCCUUUUCCUAAAGAUUUUAAAAAUAACAGAUGGGGACUAAAGGGGAACUCCCUUUCCCGGUUCAGCAAGCAAGCCUGCGGCGGACCUUGCUUCAGUGUUCACGCGUGCUCCUUCGCACUGGUGCUCAUUCCCUCCUGGCGGGUUCUCUCUACCCCGAUGGUUUCCUUAGUGGCUCAGCACAGUGACUGGCUAGAGUUGAUUUUUAGCAGCAAGUCCUAGAAGUGGAAGAUACCUCAGAUUACCAGUGCCCUUUACUAUUUCCUAGUGUUCAGAUCAAUGCUUUCCAUUCUAUGACCAGGUCUUUAUGGAGGUGGUUCUAGAUAGAAUGGUCCUAUUCAUUGAGUUCCUGUGUAAGUGGUAGCAGGUGGUGCAUAGCGGGCAGAUCGAGGCUCUGCCUUAGCACCAACUGCUAGACACCACAUGAGGCCAGGAUUCCAUCCCUAAUUGUGAUCAUGUUCAAUUAAAAAGAAAAAAAUUAGUCUUUUGACCGCCUUUGUGUAUGUGUACUCCCAUGUGUGUGUGUUUGUGCAGGGCAGGAAGCAGCUGUCCCGUUGUUGUUGUUGUUGUUGUUGUUGUUUUACUAUUUUUUUUCUCCUAACUAGUUUAAGGCUCUGACUUCUCCUUUCCCACAUCUCAGAACCCUCAUCAGGUUGGUCAUUCUUUCCCCCUGAAUUAGCGAAGUCUCCCGCGCACAGAGGGUGGUGGGCUGAUGAUGCGAAUUGCACAAGCCCGUUUUGCUCGGUGAUCCAAGAACGCAGAAAGCCGAAUUCACGUCAGGGCCAUGGGGACGCCACAGAAAGCUUGCGUGGAGUGACUGCAGGGUUCCUGAGAUUCUGAGGUCCAGUGGUUACUUUGCCUUUUUAGACGUGCAUUUUGUUUCUGCAUCCCUCUCAUGGAAUACGUUCACGAGAUGUAAUUAUAAAAAGACCAUAUUUUGAUGUGAAAAGCAGGAUAGGUCAGCUAGAUUUGGAAAGAUGGGAUCUCUGAACUCCUUGAUCCGUCUUUUACUUUUGACUUUUCCAUGUUUACAGUAGUGAUUCUUCGGUAAGAUUUGUAAAAUGUUGAAGACACUUGUAGAAUCAAUGUACCAGUUGUGAAGUGAUAUGUAAUAUCUGAAGGAUACACAUUUUAAAGUUUCUUUCAAAGCAGAAUAUGGAAAUUAGACAUAAAUUGUACCCACCCUUUGGUACUUUUAAAAUAAUUGAAGUACUUAGGUUUAAGUUUGGGGAAAUUUUUUUUUUUAAAGUACCAGGAUUUUAGGGUUAAAAAUCAUAUUGGGUAGUUUAGUGAGUUGGUGACUAUGAAAUAAAUCUAUGAGGUUUCUUUUUACCUGCCUUCUCCCCGGCCCCCUCCCCAAGGGUGGAACUAGAUUCUAAAGGCAUCUGUGCUCUGCUUUUGCUGAGAAGUUUCACUGUCCCCUGAGAUACCAUUGGCUAUUUAUACCUGAGUCUAGUCUAAUUUACAUAUAUAUAUUUUAAAAGAUGAGUAGAAAGAACAUAUCUAUUAAUGAUGUGAUAUAAUUCAUUUGUCAGGGAAUAUUUGAUCUUAAUUCCUUUUCAAUAGGUAAAGAUUUGGAUGUAUUUUCCUACUUCCUAUAUGUAUUCUCUUUAUGCCAUGCUAAUUCUAACCAGUCCCUUCUUUUGAAAGCUUUUCUUUCUCUGCUUUUUAAAGGAAUGAUGGUGAUCAGCAGGCAUUAUGCAGAUACACGUGCCUGAGAUUAUGGAGGGGAAAUGUCACAUGACUGUAUGAAAUCAUUAUAUGCCCUAUUUUGUAUUUAUUGAAGUUUUCUUUUUGUGGGCC